AGCAAUGCGCAGUCACAGCUGUUGGUGAAUCAAAGUGUGUUGAUAGAGUCUACGAGUUUACAUAGGCAUAAUUUAAUAAUGACAACACAAAUGGAGACAGCGGAAACAGACGAUUCUAUAGAUACUACUUUAACGAAGGCAACUCCAUGGAAGCCUCGAAUAAAAUACCACUACGCAUUUUUCCAAUUAUAUUUCCACGUAGCGGCGAUUUAUGGUGUAUACUUGGCUUUAACGUCAGCAAAAUGGCAAACUAACUUAUUUGGAUACGUAAUGAUUUGGAUAAACAGUUUUGGGAUAUACGCAGGCGCUCACAGACUGUUUUCUCAUAGGAGUUACAAGGCUACCAGGGCUUUGCAGAUAUUCCUAAUGCUGUGCCACAGCACAGCUUACCAGAGGAACCUGUUCCUUUGGGUUUUAGAACAUCGGCUACACCACAAAUACAGCGAUACAGAUGGCGAUCCUCACAAUCCCUCGCGAGGGUUGUUCUUCUCUCAUAUAGGCUGGCUUUGUUGUAAGAAGCAUCCUGAAGUCGUAAAGAGGACUAAGAAUAUUGAUAUGUCUGAUAUGUACAGUAACCCUGUUAUUAUGUUCCAGAAGAAACAUCAACAGUGGCUCCUCCCGACUCUUGCGUUCAUUCUGCCGACGCUGAUUCCAAUGGUUUUUUGGGUCGAGUCUCUCACCAAUUCCUGGCAUAUCAACGCGGCCAGAUACAUCAUGAGCAUGAAUACAGUCUUCCUUAUCAACAGUGUCUCCCACAAAUGGGGAUACAAACCUUACGAUAAGAACAUACGUCCGACAGAAAGUAAAAUUAUAUCAAUGAUCACAUUUGGUGAAGGUUUUCACAACUACCAUCAUAUUUUUCCAAAUGAUUAUCGUGAUGCUGAAUUUGGCAAUAAUUUACUAAACGUGACGACAUAUUUUAUCGAUUUCUGCGCAUUUCUUGGACUGGCGUAUGAUCUGAAGAUCGUUCCUACAGAUUUGGUUAAAAGCAGAAUGACGAGGACUGGCAAUGGAAGUGAAAUGGAGCUAUUAGACAAAACUGUAUACUAGAUGGUACAUUAGUCACAUGAAAUAGAUAAUAUCUGGCGGUGUUCAGUGAAAGGAUUGUGGUCAAUGUGGGAAAAAAAAUUAUAAAACUUUAGACAAUAUGUGUUAAUAUAUUGAACUGUUGUAGUUGGGUCUUCUUAUCAUCCCUAUAUUGUGUCACGAAACAAUCUACAUUACUAACAUAAAAGAAAUAUAGGGAAUCGAAAAACAAUAUACUAUAAUGAUACAUUUAUAAUAAGAUUAUAAAGAAGCAAACUUUAUAAUCUUAUUAUAAAUGUAAGUUUGGAUGUCGAAGUCAUUUACAAAACUUCUUAUUAGAUUCAGAAAUUUCUUGCACUAAUGGAAAGCAUAAAACUUAAAUGUAAUUUUACUAACAUUUUUUACCUGGGACGGGCUAUAAUGCAGCCGGAUUUUAAUUAUAAGACUCGAUAUAUCGACUUUAUUUUCGAUAAUCAAAUGUCAUGUCACACCUUAAGCCGACGCAAUACAAGUUAAAAUAUCAACGAAGAGAUAUCCCGUCUAUUUACUAAUAUAAUAAAUUAAUGUUAAAUAAAACACAAAAAGAAAGAUGAAACAGUGAUUUCGUAUGGAUAAUAAUUAUUGCUCUAACCCUUGAUAGUGGUAAAAUGAAUAUAAUUAUAAUCUAAAAAAAAUCACACAACGUACUUUUUAGUAGUAGGUUUAAUAUUCAACCUUAAACGAGUUUAUUUCUUUAAUUAAUGCACACCGUAAUGAAAAUUUAAUGUGUGUGCCAUUUUUCUGGUUAAAUCGUCUCACAUGUACUGUAGUCACCAUAUAUAUAAAUUCAAUAAAUUGGAACAAAAAUUGCUAGAAGAUUCAAAAAGUACAUAGAACUAGAGUUUUUUUUUAUUAUUAAAUAAUAUAAAUAAUUGAGUCUGUGUUUUCCAUCUAAAAUAUUACUAAGCCGCAGCUUGGAGUCAGGAAGUUGGCGAUGUUACAGAACUGUACCUCGGAAACACGUAAACCCGACAUGACCGGACUAUGAGAGUUAAGGAACAGAGAGUGCACCUGUAUAUUGCACUCACACUUGUCCACUAUAUGUCCUACGUACCUGGCUGAUCUCCGUUGAGAUUAGCCGCCGUGCCUAAAAUUCCUCUACGAAUAUUUUUUUUUAUUAUUAACACUUCGGAUACAACUACCGCUUGCAGAAACAAACAGGUCGUCAGUCCUCACGGCAUAUCUCCUGUGUGUUACUUAAAGCAGUUUAAGUGUGUCUAACAAUGCAUGUAUAUGUAUAGGGGUUGUUUUAAUUCAGUACCCGCGAAGCACAGUAGGGUAAGUACGGAAAAAUAUUUUUUGUCUGCGUGGUUAUGCUUGGUAUUUCCGUAUUGUUUUUUAUACUAUUUAUUUGGAGGUUCUUUAUAAUGGUUAAUAAUUUUCAAUAUUAGUACAGAAAAUUACAAUUUAGUGUGUCACAUUGUGCGCUACAUAACCUGAUUGUUCUCUCGUAUUUUACAUUCUGGUUGUGUAGUUAUUAUCGCUUUCUCUAUUUGCAUUUGUAGUGACCAGGAUCCCAAAAAAAAUAUCAUUACUUAUCGUACUACAAAAAAACUCGAAGAACAUUGUAUUGACAAACACAAUUUUAUUUUGAAUCAAUGUGAUAUGCACUACUAACAUUUCUAAUUUAAUAUAGUUCAAUACUUAACAGUGUUUCACUAACCUUGGUCUUAACUUUCUUUAAAAAAAACUAGAAUAAAGUAUAUUUUUUUAAAUCGUUGCUAGUAACUUGUCAUUCCUCUUAGUUACUUCUACCUUAUAUUAAUAGGGACAAAGACUAAUUUAGACAUUACGAUAAAAUAUCUAUCUAAAUGUGUAAUUACUGUAAUGAAAUCACGAAUGUUCCAAGUUGGCCGCGCUAUUAAUAAUGAAUACGAGUUAUUCACACGUAGCCAAUUCAAGUAUUGAUUUUGAUGACGUGUACCAAAUAGAUAAAAGCUUGUGAUAACCCUGUAUUGUCUGCCGUGCAACGUAUCCUUGAAUGACAUCAAAUAAUUUAUAUGAACCUGUUAAAUGUUAUACAUUAUUUAGAGUCCGUCAAUAUUAACUCUACCAACAGUUCGGAAAGCUGUUGUAACCAAAGAAGACUGGAUAAGAAACUCUGAUGUUGUUCUUUCAAAAUUAAUUUAAGGUAUAAGCUACAGUGCGUGGUACAGAGAAAAUUAUACAAUUCGUUUUUCAUUGGUGUUUAAAGCAGUUCAUUCAUAUACUCGCGAUAUAGGUAAUAAAUAAAUUUUAAAUUUUCGAGUGCCCAACCCUCUCAGGUAUUAUUAAAUAAUUGAACCUAAAGUUCUGUAAUAUAUACUUAGCUAUAAUAAGCGAAAUAGGAAGAAUAGUCCACAUAAUCAGCACCCGUUCACCAGUAUGAGGCAUGUGCAAGCCAUCGGCUUCCUCAAUUAUGUAAGUUUAUAAAUUUCUUAUUUUUUAAUAGAUAUGGUAAAGUAUAAGACGUAGCAAAUGAAAGUGCGGUUAAACCUAGCAAUAAGUACUACAUGGACAUCUGAAAAUGUAAACAAAGUCUGAGAUCUCAAGUUCAGGAGUUACGUCUUAUGAACAAAGUUAUUUCACAAAGUCUUUUUCGAUAACUUAGUUUUACUGUAAAAGCAAUGUGCUUAUUAAAGCCAUAUCGGACAGAAAUUAGCUCGAUGAACUCUAAAUGCACUGAUUAUUAAAAAUCUAUUCGUUAUGAGUUUAAGACUAUGAUUUAAUAUUUUUAACAAAAAACGAAAAUACUGAGAAAUUGAAAAAAAUAUAUAUCCAAAUUUUAUUUAUACUAUAAGUAAUUGUGCGUAACAUGUAAUACCGAGAUAAUUCCUGCAUAAAACGGAUUUAAAAGGUCGUUAUUAAAAUUAAUAAAAACACAAUAAAAUGCGGACAUGACGAAAAUAUUCGAUAUAUAAAUAUCGAAACUCUUAGAAAUUGUAACUUACCCUGUUUUGCUAGUAGAGGACUCAACCCCCGUCUCCCGUGUACAUAUACCGGCGCGUUCCCACCACCAGUCAGUCGAUCGGGACGCGCUACCAAGAGCGGUCGCUCGCACCCUCACCACCUCUCGUAUUAUUUAUAUAAAUACGAUUCAGUGUUAAAUAAGUGUAGUGUUAUAUAUUCCUCAAAAAGGUGAGUGAUACAACAUCUCUAAAUUUCAGGCCAGAAAAUAUCGUUGGAAAUCGCAAACGAAUUACGUUGCCAUAGUUUGGUUGAAGAUUUUUAGAUUCUUUCGGGUUUGUAAUAAGGGUUUCGUGAGAAUGUAGGUCUACACAAAAUAUGGGUUUUAAAUGGAAAUAUAAUGCAACAAAUUUACCGUUGCUAAGCAUUUUGCGUAUCUGGCGCGUUAAUCUUACGCGCUUUUAUGUAGAUAGUAGAGUUGUAAACAUAUUUAUUCUUUCAAUUAUAUUGUUCAGUUUUCAUAUUUAUGUAUAUUAAGAAAAAUAUAUACUGUUUGUGAUACAUUUUGUGAAGAAGUAAGAAUAAAUUGAUCAAAGUUCA